GCAUCAUACCUCGGGGGCUUAAUCUCUAUAGAGAUUUCAAUUAGUCUCUACAACUUGUAUAUUCAUGAGAACACAUUUUUGUUUUAUUUUAGUGCAAGUAUAAAAUAUGUUUUUUGUAAUGUUGACAGUGUUGUGAGGAGUAAAUCUAGCAAACGUCGACGGUCUCGCAGCCCAGCACCCCAGCGUGACGCAUCCGAGUCUCGCCGUAAGAGAAGCAGAAGCCGUGAGAAGUCUCGCAAGAGGCCGCAUCACCGUGCAGAGAGCUCUCCAGAGGCUCCACGAUCACGUACGAAGCAGCUGCAGCACAGCUCAGAUGUUGAAUCCUCAUCUGACAAACGAUCUGCACGACACCAAGAUGCUUUAUCCUCAAAUCAGAUAUGUAAAACUAGCCCAAAGGAUGGUAGCAAGGGAAGAGAGAGUCACAGAGAGAAGGAAUGUGACAAGCAAGAUGAAAAUCAGUGCAAUAUGUCUGUGUCACAAGACAGAGAACAAAACCAAGAUAGAAAUAAGCAGAAGAGCAGGAGCAGAAGCAGAAAUAGAAGUGGGGAGCAGAAGCAAGAGUCCCCUUGGAGGAUAUCAGUACCAGGCUCGGCACAUGAAAGUGAGGGUACUGGGACUGUUAAUAAGUUGGACAUCACAGGUAACAUGAAGCAUAUCAUUAGUGACAUGAGCUGUUCUCCUUUGCCUUGUCAGCAACCAAGAAAUACUGCAGUAGCAGAAUCAUCCAAGGUGAGCUGUCUAUCACGCUCUGCCAGCAAGUCUCCAGUUAGGGUUUCUCCAAACCAGGAUAUGCUUGAUUGUAUCAGAAUGAGCCUUACAAGUUGUGGGUCUAUUCCCUUACCUAAAGCAGGUAGCCCAAGCAAAACCUUAGGAGAGAAAAACAGCCCUAAAUGGAGUCAGAUUCAGUCUUUAUCAUCUAAGAUAUUAGACAUGAAUGACACCCUCAAAAGAUCAAGUGAAACCUCCAACUUACUUGGUAGUGGAUCUCAAGAUGUGCCAUGUCUCCCACAGAAUGGUCGUCACAUUGGUGGCCCCAUAGCAAGCAAAUCACCAGUACCACAUUCAAGUGGUGUGACGGCAACAUCGCCAGCACAUAUUAGAUAUUCAAGAAGUUCCAGUAGAGGCAGAUCUUCAUCUCGCAGCACCCGCAGCUCUCGCUCGCGUUCCUCAUCACGCUCACACUCACCUUCGGCAAGAUCCCACUCACCUUCACUACGCUCACGUUCUCCUACUUCAAGAUCCAGGUCUCCCAGGUCUCGCUCCCCUCGUUCUCGGUCUCGGUCACGCUCCCAUUCAAGGUCACAUUCACCACAAUCAAGAUCCAGGUCACGGUCAUACUCCAGGUCCAGGUCACGUACUAGGUCAAGAUCAAGACGCACAAGGUCAAGAUCUAGGUCAAGAUCAUAUGGUCAUUACAGUCGGUCCAUCUCAAGAUCUCGGUCAAGAACCCGAUCAAGAACUCGAUCCCGGUCACUCUCCAUCCCACGCAGAAGAGGAUCCCCAUCAUUCUUGGACAAAAGAAGGAUCACCAGUGCAAGGAAACGACCUGUUCCUUACCACCGGCCAACACCUCCUCCCUCUCCAUCAUCCUCUGAAUCAUCUUGGUGGUCGCGCAGUCAAAGUCGCAGUCGAACUCGUAGCAGAUCAUGGAGUCGUACACGUUCUCCCUCCUACAGUAGAAGGUUGAGAGAUUUGUAAUGAUUCAAGUUAGUAUAAGAGUACCGUGCUGCAUUACCUUCUAAAGGAGAGUGAAAUAUCUCUGGAUAACCUCUGCUUGUGUGUGACUAUUCAUCUCUAUUAACCUGUUUGUUAAGGUUAGUUCUUGUCAAUGGUAUUGCAUUACAGCCAGCCUUACUUGCCUUAGAUUACAACUAAUUGGUUUUUAUGCACUUGAAGGCUUUCAUUUUAAUUGAAUUAGAAUUGAGUAAUAAAUUACAAGAAUAUAAGUAAAUACUCAAGUGUUGUAAUGUUUGUAAAAUGGGAGCGAGUGAACUGUAUAGUAUUAAUAAAAUUGUAACUUAUCAUAAUGAUGUCAUGAAUACAGAUACAGAUGUUUUACAGAUAAAUAUAACAAAUAAUAUUUUGUAAACCAGAUGUUAAUUUACUUAACAAUGACUUCAUUGCUGUAACUUAUUUGUGUUUGUUACAAAUAGGCAAUUCAUCAAUUUUACACUUCUGCUGAGAAGAAACAUAAUACAAAAAAACACCAGCUGAAUCUCUUGAUGUUUUAUAUAUAUAUAUAUAUAUAUAUAUAUAUAUAUAUAUAUAUAUAU